UGAGCCGCUGCGCAGAAGGGGGACCGGCGUUGGGCUGGCGGCGGGAGGCUGGGCUAGACCUGGAAGAGCUUGAAGCUGCACCUGGACCCGGGCCUGCCGCAGAGUCGUGAGCAUGCUGCGCUUCCUGGUGCCUGUGCCCCGACUGCUCUGCCUCUAUGGCAGGACUGCCCCGUACUCUUCGACAGCUGCCCUCCCCAGCCCCAUCCUGAAUCCAGACAUCCGCUACAACCAGCUGUUCAUCAACAAUGAGUGGCAAGAUGCAGCCAGCAAGAAGACCUUCCCAACAGUGAACCCCACCACAGGAGAGGUCAUUGGCCACAUGGCUGAAGGGGACCGGGCUGAUGUGGAUCGGGCUGUGAAAGCAGCCCGUGAGGCCUUCCGCCUGGGGUCUCCAUGGCGCCGGAUGGAUGCUUCAGAGCGGGGCCGGCUGCUGAACCGCCUGGCUGACCUUGUGGAGCGGGAUCGUGUCUACCUGGCCUCACUGGAGACCUUGGACAACGGGAAGCCUUUCCAGGAGUCUUAUGUCUUGGACCUGGAUGAGGUCAUCAAAGUAUACCGGUACUUUGCCGGCUGGGCCGACAAGUGGCACGGCAAGACCAUCCCUAUGGAUGGCGAGCAUUUCUGCUUCACCCGGCACGAGCCUGUUGGUGUCUGUGGCCAGAUAAUCCCAUGGAACUUCCCCUUGGUCAUGCAGGGCUGGAAGCUCGCCCCAGCGCUUGCCACAGGCAACACUGUGGUCAUGAAGGUGGCAGAGCAGACCCCCCUUUCUGCCCUGUACUUGGCCUCCCUCAUUAAAGAGGCGGGCUUUCCCCCUGGGGUGGUGAACAUCAUCACUGGCUAUGGCCCGACGGCAGGAGCGGCCAUCGCCCAGCACAUGGAUAUUGACAAAGUUGCCUUCACUGGCUCCACUGAGGUGGGCCACCUGAUCCAGAAGGCGGCUGGCGAUUCCAACCUGAAGAGAGUCACCCUGGAGCUGGGCGGGAAGAGCCCCAGCAUCGUGUUGGCCGACGCUGACCUGGGCCAUGCUGUGGAGCAGUGCCACGAAGCCCUAUUCUUCAACAUGGGCCAGUGCUGCUGUGCAGGCUCCCGGACCUUCGUCGAAGAAUCCAUCUACGAUGAGUUUCUCGAGAGAACCGUGGAGAAGGCUAAGCAGAGAAGAGUCGGGAACCCCUUUGAGCUGGACACUCAGCAGGGGCCCCAGGUGGACAAGGAGCAAUUCGAACGAAUCCUGAGCUAUAUCCGGCUUGGCCAGAAGGAGGGGGCAAAACUUCUCUGCGGUGGGGAGCGUUUGGGGGAGCGUGGUUUCUUCAUCAAGCCCACGGUCUUUGGUGGUGUGCAGGAUGACAUGAGGAUCGCCAGAGAGGAGAUCUUUGGGCCUGUGCAGCCCCUGUUUAAAUUCAAGAAGAUGGAGGAGGUGAUCGAGAGGGCCAACAAUACCAGAUAUGGCUUGGCUGCCGCCGUGUUCACUCGGGACCUGGACAAGGCCAUGUACUUCACACAGGCACUCCAGGCUGGCACAGUGUGGGUAAACACCUACAACAUUGUCACCUGCCACACGCCAUUUGGAGGGUUUAAGGAAUCUGGCAAUGGGAGGGAGCUGGGGGAGGAUGGGCUAAAGGCCUACACCGAGGUGAAGACAGUUACCAUCAAGAUUCCUCAGAAGAACUCAUAAGAAUGGCCACCACAGAGACCCUCCUCCAGUCCAGGAAUUCCAUAAUCACCUAGACCAGCGGUUGCCAAAUCAUUUUUUAGCCCCAGCCCCC